AUCCAGGUAAAAUAGAACAGGUUUUGCUAUCGCAAACCUGUAAAUAGCCUUAGGGAUUCUGGGAUCGGGAAGUCACAUGACCUACUUCCGCCUCUUGGGUGUGAAUCUGCACCGAAGAUUUUCUUCAUAAUUUUGUCCUAAAAAAUCGCCGCAGUCAUGCCGCGCCCUACUCAAAUACUGGAUGUAAGAAGACGGGGAGACCAGGCCUACCACUCCUCUCUCCAGUCCACCAAGUCCCUGGGGAACAUGGCCCUGGUCCCCAUCAGGACACAGUUUAAAGGACCAGCACCAAAAACAGGAGAGUCUGACAUUAUAGAUGAAGCUAUGCACUUCUUCAAGGCAAAUGUUUUCUUCAAGAACUAUGAGAUUAAGAGUGAAGCAGACAGGACGUUGAUCUACGUGACUCUGUACAUCUCUGAAUGUCUGAAGAAGCUACAAAAGUGUACAUCCAAGAACAAUGGACAGAAGGAGAUGCAGACAUUAUCGCUGGGCAAGUGGCCAUUGCCUGGAGAGGCCGGAUUCCCCCUGAAUGCCCACUAUGCUAAACCCAAGGACAGGGCAGAAGCAGACUCCAUGCAGCAGUACCUUCUUCAGUUACGUCAGGAGACUGGCAUGAGGCUGUGUGAGAAGGUGUUUGACCCUAACACUGACCAGCCCAGUAAGUGGUGGAUGUGUUUUGUCAAGAGGAAGUUUAUGGACAAGAGUCUGUCUGCACCAGGCAUGUAGACUUCAGCAAGGAAGAACCAAGAAUUUUCAACAACCUCUCAAAUCUUCCCUUUAUUUGUACCAUUAAUAUGGUACAAAUUAAUUAUAACAUUGUGAGGAAAGGGUAACAAAAUUAGACAAUACAGAAUCUGAUGUA